AUGGACAAUAGAUGCUACUGUGAAGUAGGUUUCAAGAGAAUAGCAGGAAUAUGCCUCCCUGACGUUAUGUGUCCAUGCGCCGAAAACGAAAAAUAUACUUUCGGAGACCGAUGUCACGAAUCCUGCAGACAAAGUUACCACGACUGCCCAAAAGAUGAAUCUUACAGGGACUGCUUUUGCAAGGAAGGCUUUGUCCGAGUGAAUGGGAUGUGUCAGCCAUUUGACAAAUGCCCGUGCAACGACAAUGAAGUUUUCACUUACGGAAACUCAUGCGAAGAGGAAUGUAAGUACGGCGAUCAAGAUUGCGCUGAAGAGUCCAGCUCCAAAGGAUGCUUUUGUGAUGAUGGAUAUGUUAGAAUAAAUGGAUUAUGUGUGCUUGGCAGCAAUUGUGGAUGUGGCGAAAACGAGGAAUAUGCCAAUAGCAACGAAUGCUCCGAAGACUGCAGUAAAACGUGGAAUGAUUGCCGAGAGGAGCCGAGCGCCUUUAGAUGUGUCUGCCUGCGCCACUACAAGAGGAUUGAUGGAAAAUGCGUCAAGGAUGUCAAUUGUCCGUGUCCGGAAAAUGAGGUUUUCAGCCAUUCCACUGAAUGCGAUGAAACCUGUGGAACUACUCCUGAUGAAUGUGGAUUGAUAACGAUCAUCAACAAGUGCUUCUGCAAGCCCGGUUACAAGAGAAUAAGCGGAGUGUGCGUUGAAGAUUCACUUUGUCCAUGCGCCGAUAAUGAAGAAUACACUUUCGGAGAUCGGUGCCAAGAGUCCUGCAGAGAAAACUACGACGACUGUCCGCAGGGAGAAACAUACAGGGGAUGCUUCUGCAAGGAAGGCUUUGUUCGAGUGAAUGGGAUAUGCCAGACCUUUGAUAAAUGUCCGUGCCAGGGAAACGAAAUAUUUAGAUACAGUAGUAAGUGCAAUGAAGUGUGUAAUGACGGUACUCAUGACUGCACUCUCGAGACCUGUACAAAGGGAUGUUUCUGCGAAGAUGCACAUGUGAGAAUAAUGGAAUUUGUGUGCCACAGCAAUUGCCCUUGUCCGGAAAACGAGGAGUAUAUAUAUAGUACUGAUUGCUUAGAGAACUGCGAUAUAAUUUGGAGUGAGUGUCUGAAUGUUGCCAGUACUUUCAAAUGUCAUUGCAAGAGAAACCACUAUAGAGUCAACGGUAAAUGUGUUCCACAAAGAGAGUGCCCCUGUCCGAAUAACGAAGUCUACGGUUUCAUGAAUGAUUGCUAUGAGACAUGUGGAACUACCAUACAAGAGUGUGCCAUUAUAAAUAAUAACAACAAAUGCUAUUGUGAUUUUGGGUACAAAAGAAUAGCAGGAACAUGCGUCACUGAGGAUAUGUGUCCAUGCGCCGAAAACGAAAAAUAUACUUUCGGAGACCGAUGUCACGAAUCCUGCAGACAAAGUUACCACGACUGCCCAAAAGAUGAAUCUUACAGGGACUGCUUUUGCAAGGAAGGCUUUGUCCGAGUGAAUGGGAUGUGUCAGCCAUUUGACAAAUGCCCGUGCAACGACAAUGAAGUUUUCACUUACGGAAACUCAUGCGAAGAGGAAUCAAUUGUGGAUGUGGCGAAAACGAGGAAUAUGCCAAUAGCAACGAAUGCUCCGAAGACUGCAGAUGUCAAUUGUCCGUGUCCGGAAAAUGAGGUUUUCAGCCAUUCCACUGAAUGCGAUGAAACCUGUGGAACUACUCCUGAUGAAUGUGGAUUGAUAACGAUCAUCAACAAAUGCUUCUGCAAGCCCGGUUACAAGAGAAUAAGCGGAGUGUGCGUUGAAGAUUCACUUUGUCCAUGCGCCGAUAAUGAAGAAUACACUUUCGGAGAUCGGUGCCAAGAGUCCUGCAGAGAAAACUACGACGACUGUCCGCAGGGAGAAACAUACAGGGGAUGCUUCUGCAAGGAAGGCUUUGUUCGAGUGAAUGGGAUAUGCCAGACCUUUGAUAAAUGUCCGUGCCAGGGAAACGAAAUAUUUAGAUACAGUAGUAAGUGCAAUGAAGUGUGUAUGACGGUACUCAUGACUGCACUCUCGAGACCUGUACAAAGGGAUGUUUCUGCGAAGAUGCACAU